GGAAGAGGAAGAGGAAGAGGAAGAGGAAGAGGAAGAGGAAGAGGAAGAGGAAGAGGAAGAGGAAGCGGCCCGAGGAGGAACGGCCCGAGGAGGGAACGGCCCCGCGGGAGCCGAGACCCCCCGGCCCGGUUGCUGCGACCACCGAGGGGUGGAGGAGGCGGCGUUUCCCUGGAAGAGGGGACCUUUCCCUGGAAUCGGGGGACGUCCCCCCGGCUGCCGCGAGCCCCGGGAUCCUCGCUUCGCUUCCCGGUUUUCCCGAGGCGAUGCCGACUUUCUGGAGCAGGGGGAAGGAGCGGCAGGGGGGCCUGAGCCGGGUCUGGAGGUGGCUGUGGCUGCUCCGGGGCGGGAACCGCGCUUCCCGAGGAUUCGGGAAGAGCUCCGGAGGCAGCGGGAGGCAGGCGGAGUGGGAGGAAUUCCAGAGGCAGGAAUAUGAGCAGUGGAAGCAGUCCCUCAGCUGGGAUGAGCCGAGCCUGGGAUGCAGAGCACGGGAUGUGCCCGGAUGUGCCAGGAUGGGAAAGCUGGAAAAGCCCAGGGCCUGCCGGAAUUCCGGAGGGGGGAAAGGCCAGCAGGAAAAGCUGGACAUCUGCAGCACGAUCCAACCCCUCGAGGAGGACGGCCGGGAUGAGGCGAGCCUGGGAUGCAAAGCACGGGAUGUGCCCAGAUGUGCCAGGAUGGAGAAGGCGCUGGGAAAGCUGGAAGAGCCCGGGGCCUGCCGGAAUUCCGGAGGGGGGAAAGGCCAGCAGGAAAAGCUGGACAUCUGCAGCGUGAUCCAACCCCUCGAGGAGGACGGUUGGGGUGAGGCGAGCGUGGGAUGCAGAGCACGGGAUGGGAACGUGCCAAGGGAAGGUGGUGGCCUUGGGAACGGGAUGGAUCAGCCCCAGCUCCCGGCCCAGGGAGGAGCCAGCGAGGAUGAGGAGGGACUGAGCGGGGGCGGCUCCCCCCAGCUCCUGCAGUCACGUGUGGAGGGCAGGGACACUCCCACCGUCCCUGGAAAGGACCUGGAGCCUCGGCCAGCGGAGGGAACGCCCGGAGAGGAGCCGAGGAGCCGAGUGUGGGAGAAGCUGGAGCGCCUGGGAGAGCCCAUGGAGAGGUGGGAAGGGCAGCCCUUGGGAGCCCUGGCUAUGGGGAGGCUGGCUAUGUGGAGGAGGGAAUUCCCGGCGGUGUGGGCGCGGUACCGGAUGGACUGCGGGAGGGUGGCCGAGGAGGUGGAUCUCGAUGGGGACUGGGUGCCCCCCCAAAGGGAACAGCCCUUGCCACCGGACCAGAGGGAGGCCGUGGAGGAGCUGCUGCCGGAAUUGCUGAAGGAAGGGAUCGUGGUGAAAGGCGCCUCCAACUACAACAACCUCAUUGUUCCCACCCGGAAAGGGACCCAGUGGCGCCUGACUCUGAAGUGCAAAGCCCUCAACAAGGCCACCCCCACGGAGCCCGAGGAGAGCCUGAGCAGGGAUCGCAUCCUGGCGUCCGUGCCCGCCGGGAGCAGGUGGUUCUCCGUGCUGGAUCUGUCCUGCGCCUCCUUCGCCAUCCCCCUGGCGCAGAGCUGCUGGCACAGGUUCGCCUUCACCUUCCAAGGGCAGCAGUUCCUGUUCACACGGCUCCCGCCGGGAUUCCGGAGCACCGGCUCCAUCAUGCACCGGCGCGUGGCGCGGAUGCUCUCCCGGCUGGGGGGGCAGGGGGACGGUCCCUGGGCCUUCAACUGCAACGACGACAUCCUGAUCGCCGGGAGAACGGCCGAGGAGGUGGAGGCGCGGACGCGGAGGGUCCUGGAGCUCAUCCAGGACACCGGGUUCAAGGCCAAGUUGGAGAAGGCGCAGCUCGUCCGGAGCCAGGUGACGUACCUGGGAGCCACCGUCGGAGCCGCGGGGAGGGGGAUCCCGGACGCCGCGCUGGAGGAGCUCCGCAGCAUUCCCAGCCCCCGCGACGCCAAGGAGCUCCGCAGCCUCCUCGGGAAAUUCGGCUACUGGCGGAGUCACAUCCCGGACUACUCCGAGCUGGCCCGGCCGCUGCACUGGCUCACCGGGGACGGGGCGCAGUGGGAAUGGCAGGAGGAGCAGCAGCAGAGGCUGAGGGAGCUGCGAGAAGCCCUCGUGCCCGUCCUGCGCUUCCCGGAUAAAUCCCGGCCCUUCCUCAUCAGGAUGAGCCUCCACUCGGAGACGGCGGGAGCCACCCUCCUGCAGGACGAGGGGGGGGGCCCUGGUGCCGGUGCAACACAUCUCCCACGUCCUGGAGGGCCAGAAGAGCCUUUCCCUGGAGGAGAAGGGCUGCGUGGCGGCCGCCUGGGCCGUCCAGGAAUUCCAGCCCUUCACGGGGCCGGCGCCCAUCCUGCUCCAGCUGCCCCAUUGCCCCGGGAAGUUCCUGUCCCGCGGCCAAGCCCUGGGGCCCCACGGGCCGCGGCUCCCGGAGCAGUGGGCGCUGCUCCUGGUCCCCGAGCGGGCUCCGAAGGAGACCUGCGGUUACAUGGAAUUCCCCGAGGCUCCCCCGCUCCGCCGGCUGCCUCCCGACGUUCCUGGAUCCGACGUGUGGUUCCUGGCCAGCUACCGCUCGGGACGCUCCCUCGGCUACGCCGCCACCAACCUGGAGGGGCGGUGGCUGCUGGGGGCGUCCCCGGGGGGCUCCAGGCUGGAGGUGGAGCUGGAGGCCCUCUGGGAGCUCCUGGAGCGGCACCAGAGCUCUUCCCGCCUCUACCUGUAUUCCAACUGCGAUUGCCUGAUGGAGUGGCUGGAGGGGCGGGCGGGCCCGGAGGGGGGCUGGAAUUCCAGGGCCGUGUGGAAGAACGUCCGCCACUGGUGCUACCACAACCCCGGGAAGCUCCAGCUCAGGAGGGUGUGGAUGGCCAGGGGAGAGGACUCGGAGGAGGAGGGUUGGAUCGCCAGGGCGGGCGGCAGGGCCAGGGCCGCGGCCCGGCCCGGGCCGGGCUGGAUAAAUUGGGAGCCUUCCACGUACGAGAGGCGGGAGAUCAUCGCCCAGUGCCACCGGGGGCACGAGGGGGAGGAGGAGACGCUGGAGCGGGUGCGGGCGGUGGCCUGGUGGUCGUGGGCGCGACGGGAGGUGAAGAGCUGGGUGCGGGCCUGCCCGGAGUGCGGGGACGGCCAGGAGGGGCCGCAGCGGCCGGAGGGCCCCUGGUCCUGCCUCUCCCUCGGCGUCGCCGGCGACCUUCCCGAGAAUCCCACGGGGUUCCGGGCCCUGCUGGUGGUGCGGGACGAGGAGUCGGGCUGGGUGGACGCCUUCCCGCUGGGGAUGCUGCGGGACUGGGAGGUGAGCCUGAGCCUGCGCUGGGUGGUGUUGGAGAAGCUGGGGAAGGUGGGCACGGUGCGUGUCCCGGCCGAGCCGCCCUGGCUCGGGGACAUCCUGAGCGCGUACCCGCUGCGGGGAUACUGGGACAGGCUGGAGCGCGGCCGGGACUGCCCCGUGGCCACCAGCCUGCGCAGGGUGGCCCAGAAGGUCGGGCAGGGCUGGGCAGAGAUGCUCCCGCUCAUCCUGGCGGGAGUGAGGGCCGGCAGCGCCCGCAGGGCCCGGCUGGAGCCGCUGCUCGGCGUCCCCGGCCUGGCCCUGGAGGUGCUCUGGGAGGAGAUGGAGCUGCGGCACCGCGGGAAGAACGAGCUGGCCUGGCUGGGCGGGAUGCGCCUCCGGCCCGGGUACCGCGACCGCGUCAGGGCCGCGCUCGACAUGGAGCUCGAGUAGGGCUGGGCUGGGGCUGCACUGCAGGGCGUCGGGAGGGACUGGGAGAGGGGUUAGGUGGGACUGGGAGAGGGGUUAAGUGGGACUGGGGGGGGGGGUUAGGGUUGGGAAAGGGUUUGGGCUGGAAUGGGGGAGGGUUUAGGUGGGACUGGGAGAGGGUUUAGGUGGGAGUCAGGGAGGCUUUAGGACUGGGAGAGGGUUUAGGCUGGAAUGGGAGAGGGUUUAGGACUGGGAAAGGGUUUAGGCUGGAAUGGGGGAGGGUUUAGGCAGGACCAGGGAGCUUUUAAGUGGGACUGAGGGACUUUUAGGUGGGACUGGGAGAGGGUUUAGGACUGGGAGAGGUUUUAGGCUGGAAUGGGGGAGGGUUUAGGGGGGGCUGGGGGAGGGUUUAGGCUGGACUUGGGGAAGGUUUAGGACUGGGAAAGGGUUUAGGCUGGAAUGGGGGAGGGUUUAGGGGGGACUGGGGGAGGGUUUAGGCAGGACUAGGGAGCUUUUAGGUGGGACUGAAGGACUUUCAGGUGGGACUGGGGAGGGUUUAGGUGAGACUGGGGAAGGUUUCAGGACUGGGAGAGGUUUUAGGCUGGACUGGGGGUGGUUUUAGGCAGAACUGGGACUUCCAGGUGGGACUGAGGGAGCUUUUAAACCUGGGAGAGGUUUCAGCGGGACUGAGGGGAUUUUAGGUGGAACUGGGGGAAGUUUUAGGACUGGGAAAGGUUUUAGGCUGGACUGGGAGUGGUUUUAGGCAGGAUUUGGGAGCUUUUAGAACUGGUGAAGUUUUUAGAGCUGGUGAAUCGUUUAGGCUGGACUGGGGGCUUUUAGGCCUGGGAGUGCUUUUAGGCAGGAUUUAGGAGCUUUUAGGAUUUCUGGAGCUUUUAGGAUUUCUGAAGCUUUUAGGCAGGACUGGAGGGCUUUUAGGCUGGAGUUUUAGGCCUGGGAGAGCUGUUAGGCAGGAUUUAGGAGCUUUUAGGAUUGCUGAAGCUUUUAGGCUGGACUUUUAGGCCUGGGAGUGCUUUUAGACAGGAUUUAGGAGCUUUUAGGAUUUCUGAAGCUUUUAGGCUGGACUGGGGGGCCUUUAGGCCGGACUGAGGGACUUUUCGGCCUGGGAGUGGUUUUAGGCAGGAUUUGGGAGCUUUUAGGACUUCUGAAGAUUUUAGGCAAGAUUUAGGAACUUUUAGGAUUUCUGAAGCUUUUAGGCUGGACUGGGGGGCCUUUGGGCUGGACUUUUAGGCCUGGGAAUGGUUUUAGGCAGGAUUUAGGAGCUUUUAGGAUUUCUGAAGCUUUUAGGCAGGACUGGGGGGCUUUUAGGCUGGACUUUUAGGCUUGGGAGUGGUUUUAGGCAAGAUUUAGGAGCUUUUAGGAUUUCUGGAGCUUUUAGGAUUUCUGAAGCUUUUAGGCAGGACUGGGGGGCUUUUAGGCUGGACUUUUAGGCUUGGGAGUGGUUUUAGGCAGGAUUUGGGAGCUUUUAGGAUUGCUGAAGCUUUUAGGCAGGACUGGGGGGCCUUUAGGCCGGACUGAGGGACUUCUAGGCCUGUGAGUGGCUCUUAGGCUGGACUAAGCAGUGGCCAAGCUCUUGCUGCCCUGCACAGGGAAGGAAAGCUCCUGGUCCUACCGGUUAGGACUGGGAUGGGCUUGGCUUUCCCCCCCUCUGGGCCGUACUGGGAGCACUGGGAUGGUUCCACCGUUCCCAAGCCUGUGGAUCUCGGCGGCCCUCGGCAUUCCCUGGUUUUCCUUUCCCUGUUUUUCUGCUCGUUGAGUUCAUUAAACCUGUUUUUUCCCCUCA